AUGGAGAGUUUGAAUCUUAAACAAGAUGAAGAUGAACAAACAACAAUAACCCAUUUCAGCCAUAUCCAUCCAUUACAUCUCACAAACAUAAACAAUCAAUUCCAAACCUUAACCCCAUCUAACUCCCCCUGUUCUGCCUGUAAGCUCCCCAUUUCUGGCUCAAUUUAUUCUUGCCAUAUCUGCAAAUUCUUUCUUCAUCUCAAAUGUGCUCAAAUGCCACAACAUAUCAAACAUCCUUUUGAUCGUAACAACAAUCAUCUUCUUUCUCUCCUCCCUGUUUCUCCUUACCCAGGAGGUUGCUUUAAAUGUGAUGCUUGUGGUAAAGAAGGAAAUGGAUUUUCCUAUAAUUGCGGAAUUUGUAGUAUCAAUCUUCAUCUUCUCUGUGCUUCCAUGCCUUUAUCAUCUUUCCAUCAUUCUCACCAGCAUGAGCUUCGUCUCUCUUUCUUUCCACCUUAUAAAAAUAAAGGAUGUGAUCAUUGUGAAUUCGAUGCUCAUUUGAAUUGUGCCACUAUGACCAGGGACGGCCUUAGGGGCGGCGGCAGGAGUGGAGGGGAGAUGUUGCGGGGUGGCAGAUGCUGCCAGAAUCUAAACUCUGAUUUGGGUGGCGGCGCCGGCAUUGAUCUAAACUCUGUUUUAGGUGGCGGCGCCGGCACCGGCAUUGAUCUAAGUUCUGUUUUGGGUGGCGCCGUGGCGGCGGCCCGGAUCUAA